GUUUUAUGUUAUUUGGUGUUGUAAGCAUAUUCUUCACCCCCCUUUUUUUUUUUUUGGGAGUCAAAACUUUGUAUGUUGGCUUUGACUUGGGACACUAGUAAAAGUUAAUUACUGCUGAUCUGCUAGAGCAUAAAAGUAAGAAACCUUGCUAAACCUUGUUUCCUGAGCUUCUUGCAUCUUUGACUCCAGACUCUUAAUUGUAAAUGUUUUUUUGUGACUGACUCAAUACUAGAUGUUUAAAUUAGUCUUCGUUAUUUUUUUUUAAAAUUUUUUUUGGAACAUUUCUAUAAUUUAGGCAUGCCAAACUCUAAACUUGAAUUUUUAGCUCUGAAAUGAUUUCACAAUCACAUUUCAUAGACCUUAAUCUAGUUGUUCUCAUAUUACAGAUUAGAGGCAUGCAUACACUGAAAGUCCAUAUUGACACACUCAUGGAGCCAUAAAGACCCCGACUCUAAACAAAGGAAAGGCUGAAUAAGUUUUAAGGCUUCUUUUGCUAAACGGUGGGCAACUUUAUUGCCAUCCCGUUUCACAAAGUGCAAAGUUAAGAUGGUCCAUAUUUUGGGCAAUUAGAAUACAAAGUUUUCUUAAUCACCAACUACUUUUCUUCAUGAGGAAAAGUCGUUGGUGAUGUUAGAAAACUUUGUAUUCUAAUUGCCAAAAAUAUGGCCUAUCUUAAUAGAAGCAUAUUUAAACAAGUAUACUUGCUGAUGAUUAAAAUGCCAUACCAAUCUGAGUGACUUGUAGGUAACUCUGCUAACCAGGCUAUUGAACUAGUCAUACAGAAGGGGGUUCCUGAAUCGCAUAUAAUAUUCUUAAACCUUAUAUCUGCUCCUGAAGGAAUUCAUUGUGUUUACAAACGAUUUCCAUCCUCAAUGAAGAAUUUCGUGUCAUACCAGCUAGGGUUGGGGGAAUUUGGUGAUCGUUACUUCGGCACGGAUGAUUGAUCAUAGAUAAGUGAUCCUAAUUGGGCUGUGGCAAGUCAAAUAGAUUGUUAUACAGAAACAGAUUUGUUUAUGCAACUCCUGCUGCCGACUUGUCUUCAACUUUCAAAUUAUGGACUGUAUUACACUUACGUCCUAAUUACGGUUUGGUUGCUUGAAUCGGUCAAAUUGCAGUAUUUAAACAUUGUGAUGUCAUUGGCAUCAAAAUGCCCUCGUAUGCAAUUUGUAAAAGUAUGGAAAUUUCAAAGCAAUAUAGCCAGGAAUGGGAUGUCUAGGGUCUGGUCUGUGCUCCGUACAGUAUAGCCUUGUUUCCAUUGACUAAUAGACCUAGUUUCCAUUUGAAUGUUAUUACUUAUUAUGAACCAGACAAACAUACUCGAGGUCGUAUUUGGGUCGAAAAUGUAUAUUUGAUUCCGAAGGUUGAAAAUGUCCCCAGGUCAUAAAUAUAUAUCGUAUUUCCAGGGUCUGGGUAAGGGUCGGCAUCACAUUGACUUGGAAGUCUUUGCAUAUUGGCAGGUUCCAUAAAUUAGGUCUUACACGAUUGGCUCUACUUGACUAUUCGCCAAUGAAUAGAACUUCCAAAGCCUUGGAAUUCGACCAUGGUGUCAAUUUUUUAUGGUGAAUGUCAGCGUCAGUCAAUGGUUUGGAAGUCCCCUGUAAUCAUCUGAAUUCUAAUCAUUUUCUCCACUAUGAAUUGCGUUGGUUCUGUAUAUAUUUGCGAAGAUAUCUUUCUAGUCUAUAUACCAUUUUCCAUUGCAUAUCAUAAGAACUCAAGAAGCAUGGGACACAGUACUGCAUUGUUCCUCCUCCUUUCAUUUUUACUACUGUCAGGAACUUCAUACCUUGACAGAGUCACACUUGGUUUCUGCAAUGCAGAUCCUAAUGUGGGUUGCAUGGAUAUCGAGAGGAAAGCCCUUCUAAAGCUCAGAGAGGGACUCACUGAUCCUUCAGACCGGCUUUCAUCUUGGGUUGGAGUAGAUUGCUGCAAAUGGAGAGGUAUAGGCUGCAACAAGACAACUGGACGCGUGGACAGCCUUAAUCUUCGCAACCCGUAUGUAGAUGUUUCGGAGAGUGAUGAUGGAACACUGCAUGCUUUAGGAGGUGAGAUCAAUCCUUCAUUGCUUGUUUUGAAAGAUUUGGUUUACUUGGAUUUGAGCAUGAAUAACUUUGGAGGUCUAGAACUUCCAAGUUUCAUUGGAUCACUAGAAAAAAUAACAUAUCUCAAUCUAUCUGGUGCAUCAUUUGGUGGAGUAAUUCCCGCCAAUCUUGGAAACCUUUCAAAAUUGCUUCAUCUUGAUCUCGGUAAUAAUGCUGCUGAGAGUGAUCUCAGAUGGCUUUCCAGUCUUUCUUCCUUACAGUUUCUUAACUUGGGAGGAGCAUACCUUACCAAGGCUGCACCAUAUUGGCUUCCCACUGUUAAUAUGCUCCCUUCACUUCUUGAAUUGCAUUUGCCUGGUUGUGGACUUUCCAUCCUUCCACCUACUCUUCCUCAUAUCAAUUUCACAUCACUUUUGGUUCUUGGCCUCUCUGCCAAUGGUUUCAACUCCACACUUUCUCCCUGGUUGUUCAAUCUGACUGAACUAGUCAGCCUUGACCUAAGUAUGAACAAUCUCAAUGGAGAACUUCCAGAAACACUCGGGAGUAGUUUGACUCAUCUGAAGAACCUUGAUUUGUCAGAGAAUUCAGAUAUCGGAGGUCAGUUGCCGAGAAACUUGGGAAUGCUAUGCAAUUUGCAGUCUCUUGAACUUUCAAUCAACAAAGUUACUGGUGAGAUAACUGAGUUCAUUGAUAGUUUGUCUACAUGCACAAACAGCAGCUUAGAGAGGUUGGAUUUAGGUUAUAACAGUCUGACAGGAAAUUUGCCUAAUUCAUUGGGACUUCUUAAGAAGUUAAGACACCUCACGUUGUGGUCCAACUCAUUUCAGGGUUCUAUCCCAGAAUCUAUUGGAAACUUGACAUCUUUGGAGGAAUUUUACCUUGCAAGAAAUAAACUGGGUGGAGUCAUCCCAGAAAGUUUUGGGCAGCUCUCAUCACUCGUUGCAGUAGAUCUCUCUGAAAACACAUGGGAAGGUGUUGUAACAGAAGCUCAUUUUCUGAAACUUCGAAGCUUAAAAGAUGUGUCAAUCCAGAAAGCCUCCCCAAACAUUUCCCUAGUUUUCAACAUUAGUUCUAAAUGGAUACCUCCUUUCAAAUUGAGAUACUUGAACCUUAGAUCAUGUCAAUUGGGUCCCAAAUUUCCUGCAUGGCUUAGAAAUCAGACUGAGCUUGUCACGGUGGUCCUCAAUAAUGCUAAGAUUGCAGAUACCAUACCAGAUUGGUUUUGGCAGUUAGAUUUGUUAUUGGAUGAACUAGAUGUUGCUUACAAUCAACUAGGCGGCAAGGUGCCCAACUCGCUAAGUUUCAGCUAUCCUGCUAAUGCUGAUUUGAGUGCAAACAUGUUUGAGGGCCCCCUCCCACUUUGGUCAAGAAACAUUACAACGCUCUACCUCAGGGAUAAUUUGUUUUCAGGGCCAAUUCCUUCAAACAUUGGUGAUGUGAUGCCGUCCUUGUCAGAUUUAGACAUCUCUAGGAACGGUUUGAGUGGAAGCAUUCCCCUGUCUUUAGGUAAUCUAAGCCUACUGACAACCAUGGUUCUCUCAAAUAAUUACUUGUCUGGUGAAAUUCCUCAUUUCUGGAACAAUAUACCAUUCUUGUAUAUUGUAGAUAUGUCAAACAACAGCCUCUCUGGUACAAUUCCAAGAUCCAUGGAUUCUCUUGGUUCACUCUUGUACUUGAUUCUCUCUAGUAACAACUUGUCAGGCGAACUUCCUUCAUUGAGAAACUGCACUGGCAUGAAGAGUCUUGAUCUUGGGGAAAAUAAGUUCUUUGGAAACAUUCCGGCGUGGAUAGGAGAAAGCAUGCUCUCUUUGUUGAUUUUACGCUUGAGUUCCAACUCAUUCACCGGAAGCAUUCCUUCAAACUUGUGUGGCCUUUCCAAUCUUCACAUAUUGGACCUCUCACACAAUAACCUGUCUGGUCAUAUUCCCCGCUGUGUUGGUAACUUGAGUGGCUUGAAAACAUCUUUAUUCUCAGAUAAAGAUACAUCAUACCUUUACCAGGGAAAGUUGAAGGUAGUGGCAAAAGGAAGAGUGCAAGACUUCGAUCCCACUCUCUAUCUUGUUAAUAGCCUAGAUCUCUCAAACAAUAACUUAUCAGGUGAGAUGCCGAGGGAGCUCACGAGCCUGAUAAAGUUGUGGACCUUGAAUUUAUCCAUGAAUCAUCUGACAGGAGUAAUGCCAUCAAGGAUUGGGAGCUUGGAGUCGCUAGAAACUCUUGAUUUGUCAGUAAACCAGCUUUCAGGUUCCAUUCCACAGAGUAUGGUUUCAUUGACAUUCUUGAAUCAUCUAAACCUCUCAUACAACAACUUGUCUGGGACAAUCCCAACAGGCAACCAGUUUAACAGCCUGGUUGAUCCAUCAAUAUAUGAAGGCAAUACCGCUCUUUGUGGUUAUCCGUUGCCUGAUUGCCAAGUCAAUGGUGGAACUCCUCAGGGUCCAAUGGGAGGUGGAGAAGACAAAGCCUUUGAAAUGUGGGGUUUCAUCAUCAGCAUGGUGAUCGGUUUCGUUAUGGGGUUCUGGGGAGUUUGUGGGAGUUUGGUCAUCAGCAAGUCUUGGAGGAAGACAUAUUUCCAGUUUACUGACAAAAUGAUUGUUGCUUGUAUACGGAAAUACCAGGGGGCACAGGAAAUUUAAGUAGUUUUACUUCAAACUUGUUUUUUUUUUUGUUUGGUCAUUCUGGAGUAAGCUUGUUGUUUUCUGUUCCUAAUAAGAGUUUGUAAGCUUUUCUGUUCUAAGCUAAACUACAACCUCUUACAUCUUCUCUUCUUUUUACCUUUGCACGCCAUGGUCAUUACUCUUAGUCCUGUACAUUAGUACAUACAACUAUACCAAGUAGAACACACACAAAUUAUUAUUU